GAAGGAUCCACGUCGCUUCGAAAAAUUUUUUUUAAUAGUUUUAAUUCAACAAUCAUUGACUUCUCCCACUUAUUUGCAGUAGAAGAGGAGAAUUUAAGGACAAAUGAAACAAGAAGUGCUUUUAAGCACCAGCAAUUCAAUGAUGCAGAAUUCAGACUUGGAGAAAAAUUGGAUGACAUUUUUAUCCAAUGUGAUGACAAUGACAACUUCUACUAAAUCAACGAAUAGGUGUUCAAUCAUGAAGGAUGGGUGUUUGUUGCGGAGCUGCUCCUGGAGGAGAUCUGGCAUUGCUGAGUCGCAGUUCAAUGCAGUUGGUCCAGUAGCAGAGAGAUUUAGCAGUCAUCGUACCUUUGACACGUCGCGAAAAAUCGCAAAUUUCUAUUCCAGGGAAGAAACUUUCAUCUAUUGAAAGAGAUAGAGAGAGUAUGGUGUCAUCAUAUCUUUAACACGACGAAAAAAUUCGCAAUAGUGUUUUUCAGACAAUGCCCAAUAAACAACUUGAAGGACAGGAAGGAUGUGGAAGAAGAAAAGUGGCCCCUGCAUACUUUUUUUUAAUAAAAUUUUUUGUUUUCUUUUUUCUUUUUUUUUUAUAAGAUUUUUUUUAACGCUCCCGGCCUCGCGCAGAAGUGCGCACAAGAAAGAGGGAUCCUCGGGAGCAGGCCUGAAGCGCUCGAGAAGUGGCGAUGUAACUUUUGCCCCGACGUGGGAUUCGCCGAUCGGUGAGUCAUUUUUUAUUUAACUCCUUCCCUGUUUAAAGCAGUUAUUUUUUUUUAUUAAUUUAAUUAAAAUAGAUUUAUAAAUUGAAACUUAAUUUUUUAAAAAUAUUUUUAAUUCAUAAAUUUUUUUGACUUAAAAAAAUAAUUAUAUUGAUUCAAACAAUAUAUUAAAAUUAAAAAAAAACAGGGAAGGAA